AUGCAGUCGCUGUCGCCGGCCUCCAAGACGGCCCUGGUUGAGUACAUCCAGCGUUGUUCCUGCAGCGGCUUUCUGUUGACUCCGGCCCACGUGCGCAGCUACGCCAACACCAUCGCACGUCCGGUUCCGGGUCAGCCCGGCCCAAUCAAAGUUGGGCAAGGGUGGAUCCGGAACUUCCUCCUCCGGCAUCCCGAUAUCAAGUUGUCGUGGUUGCGAUGUCUCGACAACGCACGCCUCAAAGCCACCGACGAGGCCGGUAUACGCUCAUGGUUUGAUCGUCUCGCCGAUAUCUUCCGCGAGUAUGGCGUAGCGUCGACCAACAUCUUAAACAUGGACAAGACCGGCUGUCCGUUCCGACAGACCGUAAGCGAGCGGGUUCUUGUGCCCGACGGCGAUCAAGCGGCCCGGUUCAAGUUGCAAGCAACCAAUCGCGAGAUGGCAACGGCGAUCAAAUGCAUCGGAUCCGGCGGACAGGUUUUGCCGCCGCUCAUCAUCACGCGCGGUAAGGUUCAUACGGUCGGAGAACACCGGCAAAUGGAGGGCGUUCCGACCACGUGGCACUUUGCCAAGUCGGCAAAUGGUUGGACGUCCAACGAGCUCGCCGUUCAGUGGCUCGAAACCAUCUUUGAUCUCAAUACGAGACCUUCGUUGCCAUCAAAAUGGCAUCUGCUCAUCAUCGACGGCCAUGGUUCGCACGUCAGUACCAAAUUCCUGGACGCCUGUUGGACCCGUCGUAUCAUUCCGUUCCUGCUUCCGCCACACUCGACACACGUCAUGCAACCGCUUGACGUGUCGAUCUUUGGCCCGUUGACAGCCGCGUACAACCGGAGGCUCAACGACAUCACGCCGCAUCUCGUCGGAGACAUCGACAAGGCCCGGUUCGCCACCAUAUACGCAGAGGCACGGGCCGCAACAAUGACGUCAACUGCGGCCCGGAAGGCCUUCACGGACUCCGAGACGCAGGAACGGCCUUUGAAGCCGCUACCGGCGCCAAAGUCAAAUGCUGCCGUUGACUACGCCCUCGACAACUUCCGUCAACUCACGGACGACAAGGAGGCGCACAGACUCAAGUGGGCGAUCAUGGAGGCGUACGACGCGCCGUACAACACCAUCUUGGUCCUUCAGUCCGAGAAUACGAUGCUUCGGGCCGAACAGGAGCGCAUCAAGCUAGCGACGCGCAAGACUCGCACACGGCCGAAGAAAGGCGACCUGCGAGUUAUCUUGCGCAAGAACAUGAUCAGUUGCGAUCAUGCUGAGCGCGAGCUGGCAGCGAAGGCUCCCGUUGCCAUCAAGGACGACCACCGACAUCAUCUUGACGAGGAGGAGCACGACAUAGCACCACCAACUGCCUCAGCCGACGACGGCGACGAAGCUGAUGAUGAUGGCGACGACGACAUCUACGCAGCACUUGACAACCCUCCUCCACCGUAUCCGUUCACGCCGUUGGAUAUCCUCGACGCCAUCAUGCCCUUCGACACCAUCAACGACGACGACUCAUAUUCGGGUACCUUUUGGGACGAGGUACCCGAGGCCAGCUCAUCUCGCCUUCAACUCUAG